AUUCAUUUUGCCAAAAAUAUUCAGAGUAUUGAACAAAGGCACCUGAUUCUUUUUAAAUGAAUCUUGUCUGAACAUGUUCAUCUGCUGUCCUGCAGCUCCUCUGAACUCGAGAAACCGCCAAAGCCCAAAAAGAGUGUGUUGAAGCGCCUCAGCUGCCUGUUUUCAAGGAGAGGUGUUAAAGUACACAGCGCUCCAACUAAAAGCUCUGAGCAGCCAGCAUCCCUUCGGAAUGAGGAUUCAGACGAGAGCAUUACCUCAGCCAGACACUUGGAAAUGGAAGAGCCAAGCACCUCGCAAAAAGCGCUGGAAAAGUCAUUAAAAUCCGUGGAUACUGCCUCCUCUGGAGGUUCAUCCAACAGUGGUGCACCAGCAAAACCAAAUUAUGACACAGCCAAGUCUGGUAGGCGUGCGGGUUUGGGCAGCUGCUGGUGUACAACACGUCGGAGGGACAACCGCCAGAAUGAGAAAAGCUGCCUCAUCCGAGUCCGAUUAGAGGAGGACAGAGCACAACAAUUCAAAAUGAUUUUGGUGACUAAUCAAGAUCGUGUAUCUGAAGUUCUCAACAAAGCCAUGACCGCGCUCAAAUUUGAACCCGAGCGUCCUCAGCAAUUUGCUCUAGCACAGAUCAUUGAAUCAAAUAAAGUGCUCAUACUUCCAGCCGAUGCCAUCCUGUAUUACGCAAUGAACAAGAAAGUGAGUCACGACUUCAUCCUGAGAUUCACUGAAAGAAGAUCUUCAUGUCUAUGCAAGUUUUAGCUGCAAUGUUCGAGCCUCCUUCCCAAUGUGAAUCAAUGAGCUCUGGUGAGGAAGGACUUUAGAGAGCUCACCACCCUGAUUUUUUGAGAGGUCGUAUGUAUCUUAUUUCCUUCUCCUCCUGUAAAUCGCUUGGUGCUCGACAUAGGAUUCACUAAUUAGACAUUUACACAUAACCAUUUUAAAACUAAAAUGGUUCAACAUCGAGGCUAUGCCAACAAUACCAGCCACAGGUA